AUGGAAGUAGCUAUUCCUUUAGAAUCAGUGGUAUCAGAUGCAUUACAUCAGCUCUAUAAUCCGCUAAGUUUGCCACGCGUACGAAGACAUGCUGAUUCUAUAUUACAGCAAUUUCAGCGCUCACCUGAUGCUGUACAGACGGCCUUAGCUAUUCUACAAGCGCCACUAGUUGACACACAAAAUACUGAAUAUAAUGUGCUAUUACGAGCUAAACGGGCCUUUGCAGCAUCGACCAUUUACUUUAUAGUAUCGUCAUACAUUUGCAAGUAUAAGAUCGAUGACUUGGCCAACUGGACAUUAGAAGAUCAAGCUCAACACGAGCGUCUUGUAAAGGAAUUUGGUUUAAUGGCUCAGAAAGUCUGGAAUCUAUUGACAGAGCCAAAUGGAAUUCAAGAUGACCUAGCUGUACAGACUUAUCUAGCACUUACCAUUGCAGUUAUCUUGCUGCGCUUCCAUGAAUCACGUGAUGGUACUACUGUGGUUGAUGCUGUGGAAUGGCUUGUUCAAAACCAAAAGCAUGAGGGUAAUGAUAGUGUGCCAUCUAUUCUGACAAAUUAUGCCGUACUGCUUACACUAAAGGUACUUCCGGAGGAAAUUGACAAUCAACGCGUCAAAAUCUCCAAGGCUAAGCGCGCACAGUGUGAAGACAUGGUGCAGGAAUGUGCAGCACACGUUGUGCGUACUGUUCUUCCAUCGAUUGCUGCUGCUAUGGAUGCAAGCCAAGAUCAAUUACAAUGGCGAGGUCUAUUGUUACAAACUUUCGCAAGCUGGGUAGAACAUGGCUCAGUGCCCCCGUUAGUUCUCAUUGAGAGUGGGCUGUUGGAUCGAUGUUUUCGUGAAACGUUAGAACCAGCUUCUUCCGUGUACGCAUUGCAGGGCAUUUGCGAAGUAGUGCGUGCUUGUCGCCAUAAUGAACAUGUGGAGCUGAUGGAACUUAUAAUGCACAAUUUUGUGGUGCUAAGAAAGCACAUACAAGAGCACAUGGCAGCAUCCGAAACAAGCGUAGAUUUUUGUCUUGUCGACUGUGCGAGAUCGAUAUCUGAUUGCGGGCAAGCCUUCAUUAUGUAUUUUGUAGAUUACACGCUGGAUAUGCGUCCUGGUUCUUUGGUGUAUGAAUUCCUGGACGCUGUGCUUUUUUUCACGUCGCUGAAUAAUCUCGAUGUUUCUAACGAGACAAUGGAUUUUUGGAUUCGAUUUCGCACUUACAUUUCUGGCAAGCACGAAGAGCGCAUGUACGUGUUUGAAUCAUUCAUCUCCCGUUUGCUGGUUAUUCUGGUUGAGCGAACCCGGUAUCCCGAAGGGUUCAAAUCGUUCCCGGAACCUGCAAAGGAACGCUUUUCUGUAUACCGAAGCGAAGUACGCAAUGUUUUCCGCGCACUUGCUACAGUCUCAAUCGCCAGCGAAGAUAGUUUUAUUGUAGAUACUAUUUACGCAAUCUUCCACCAGUAUGAAGCCGCCGAUUUGGGAGUCCCGUUGUCACCAAAUUGGUGGCAAAUCACAGAAGUAUAUGUCCAUGCUCUUAGUGCGUUAUCAAAAUCGAUUCGGGAGGAAGACACAUAUCUUGUGCCAAGACUGUUCGAGUAUUUGUCGCGAAAGGAGCCCUCUCACCGCGAAUUGACGCGCACAAUAACCAUUUUUCUUGGUGUGACCAGCCACUGGUUUGCAAAACAUCCUGUCUGCUUGUCAACCUACGCGUUCAAUAUUAUUUCCAAUGGCUUUGAAUAUUUUCAGGACGAUCUUGGAAUUCCAUCAAGUCAUUACAACCUAGACGAUCAUGUAGGUGCCGUGGCAUUGCGUAAGCUGACGCUUCGGUGCGGCUUACACUUUUUUACUCCGCAAUGGAUGGAUGCACUGGUGAGCCUGUAUCGCUCAAAUAUUGCAGCAGCAGGUGGGAUGAGCAAAUGUUUGACGAGACACAGCGCAAUGCUUGUUGUGGAUUCAAUCUGCAAUGUUCUCGCCACAGUAACGUACAAGGAUGCUCUACCGGUGGUGGACGAACUUGGUGCCAUCAUGUUUGCGGACCUUGCAUCGCGCUCUAGCCAGCUAAGUGCGAACGAUGACGGCUCAGUCAAGUUUUUGUGCGAGAUGCUCAGCCACCUCAGCGUGUUGGCUACAAAGGUUCCAGUGCAGAUUGAUGAAGAGACCCCACACCCUGUUUUCUGUAUGUUGCAAAAGCACUGGAGGGUGCUGGAGUGUAUAUUACGCGUAUACGGCUGCUGUGCAGUAGUGGCUGAACGGUUGUGUGCUCUAUUAGUAGGCGUUUUUGAGUCUUUGCGAUCCCAAGCAUUGGAGAUAGCAUCUGCAAUCAUGCCAUCAUUGCUGGAUCAAUUUUUGCGGAGCCAUGACGGUAGUUACCUUGGUGUGGUCAAAAGUCUCGUGCGUUGCACUGGCGAUGACGAGGCUACGGCUGUUAGUUUAACUCGCGUGAUGGUUAUUGUGAGUGAUAGCUCAAUUAGCAAGAUUGCGGCAGAUGGGAGCGUUGAUGAACACGCAGGGCUCACAAUUGCGCUGUUUUCUUUGGUAGCAACCUGCGGCAUGCACCAUCCAUCAAUUUUAGUCGAGUCAAACCAGUUGGAGGGUGUAGUGGCACUAGCAUUACAUGCGUUGAAGUCGCAGAACCCUGAAGUCGGAGCUGCUACUCUCGACUUUCUGCUGGAGCUGGGCUCGCUAUUUGGCCAGAUCCUUCGCACUCCAGAGCAUUUGCUUCAGAGUUCUGAAUUUGCUGGCAAGGUCCUGCUUCACCAGCAAAUCCAGACGCUGUUUUAUGAAAAGGACGUUCAGUAUCGUGUGCUCUUCGCUCUGUUCAUUGCUGCUGCAGGGGGCAUGCCGUCCAAUUUGAUGACAAAGAUAGUAGAGGUUAUACGAUCUUGCUGGAUCUAUUUCGGCCGACAACAUAGCGAAGCGCUUAUUCAUCGGCUUCUAUCUGACACCAAUUUUGUGGGAUCACAAGUUAACAAGCGUGCGCAAACUGAGUUCCUCACCUUCAUUUCCACACCAAUUUGUGUAGAAAACCCGCGCAAGUUGAAGCGAGUACUGAACGCGUUCUGUGGUCAUUUCAAGUGUAAUCUCGGCGGAAGUGCGAAGGAAGAUGCAAUGCCUUUGUAA